GUGAAGGCCAAUGGGCCGAGAAUACGAACUAUAAAGCGCGCAGAUCCAAAACCCAAAUGUUCUAAGUCGCACUCGAACUCAAACUAGAUCUCUCGGGUGAAUCUGCACUGAUUCCAACACCGAGGAACACUAAGGUCGAGCUGAGUUGAUGCAAUAUGAAGUUUAACAUUGCAAACCCUACUACUGGCUGCCAGAAGAAGCUCGAGAUCGAUGACGAUCAAAAGCUCCGAGCUUUUUUCGACAAGAGGAUCUCACAGGAGGUCAGUGGAGAUGCUCUGGGCGAGGAAUUCAAGGGCUAUGUUUUCAAAAUUAUGGGUGGUUGUGACAAACAAGGCUUCCCAAUGAAGCAGGGAGUGUUGACUCCUGGUCGUGUUAGACUUUUGCUUCAGAGAGGAACCCCAUGCUUUAGAGGCUACGGAAGGCGCAAUGGAGAGCGUAGGAGGAAAUCUGUUCGUGGAUGCAUUGUUAGUCAAGAUCUCUCUGUCUUGAAUUUGGUUAUUGUUAAAAAGGGUGAGAAUGAUCUACCUGGAUUAACAGAUAGUGAAAAGCCAAGGAUGAGGGGUCCAAAGAGGGCUUCCAAGAUUCGCAAGCUUUUCAACCUAUCUAAGGAGGAUGAUGUUCGCAAGUAUGUGAACACCUACCGAAGAAACUUCACAACAAAAAAUGGGAAGAAAGUUAGUAAAGCUCCAAAGAUACAGAGGCUUGUUACUCCGUUGACACUACAGAGGAAGCGUGCUAGAAUUGCUCAGAAGAAGAAGAGAAUUGCGAAGUCCAAGGCUGAUGCAGCUGAGUAUCAGAAACUUCUGGCCAGCAGGUUGAAGGAGCAGCGGGAGCGUCGUAGUGAGAGCUUGGCAAAAAGAAGAUCCAAGCUUUCUGCUGCUUCAAAGCCAUCCGUUACUGCAUAAAGUGGUUUUCUACUUUUGGUGAUCCAUUAUGUCACCACUCAGUUUUUGGUAGUUUUCAAAUUUGCUCUGAGUACUUUGGCAAAUGUUUAUUUUAUGUUUUAGGUCUACAAAAUGGGUGUUUCUGUUUUGGCUAGUGGCCAACGAUUGAUCUUUUUGAUUGAAUAAUUUGCCAUUUUGAAAUUAUUGAGCAUAUGAGCCUUUGAUAGUGA